AUGAGAUAUCCGCUCCUUAAAGACCCAUCGCGGGAUCUGCGUCUCGUUCUGUUGAGGAGUGUCCAAUUCGUGGAGAAAAGCGGCUGUUUCUUCAAUGGAAAGCCGAUAGAGAUCAUCUGUGAGAUACAUUCCUUCUCACACGAGGAGAAGCCAGAAUAUUUUGCACUGUCAUACCCCUGGAAAGGGAGAUACCUUUACAACCAGAUAAGCCGCUAUAUUCUGGUCAAUGGACUGGUCGCCAAAAUUGGGGAAAAUCUUGCACUCGCCUUAUGGACCCUACGUGGCGAAAGCGCUGAUAUCUACAUAUGGGCUGAUGCUCUAUGCAUUAACCAGAAGGAUGAGAGCGAGAUGGACCUGCAUAUCAAGCGAAUGCAUGAGAUCUAUUCCCAGGCAACCGAAACCAAAGUCUGGCUUGGAGUGAUGUACUUUACUCUUGAUAUUGAUAAAAAUGAUAAAGUGGUAAAGUUGAUUCGCGAAUUUGGCACGCAGGCUAUCGAGACGGGAUGCUAUGAUGCCCUAUUGGCCAUGCGCACCGCGGCCAAGCGCGGCGCGGACUCUGAGGCUCGGAUGUGGCAGGAUAGGGCCAACGCCUUGGUCGACCAAGUUUUGGACAGCAAUGAAUGGAGCUAUGACUUUCCAUACAAGAUUUUGGAUUUCUGCGACAUUUACUACUGGUCGAGAGUUUGGAUUCUCCAGGAAAUAUCUCUCUCUUCGCGUCUCGACUUCCUAUACGGCCUUUCGAGAAGAACCCUUUCCCCAGAGCAUAUCCAAGCCGCAGUUGUUCUGUUCGAGGUUGCACAGAGCAGGGCGGCUUCAGGGCAGAACACCGGUAGGAUGGACUUUUCCGACAGAGGACUACGCGGUUUUAGACUCAGCAAGUUCGGGAUCCCACUACCUAUAGACCGCUCUCCCAUAAACACUGUCUUAGGUCUGCGAAGCAGAUACCAGGACUCUCCCAGGGGAGGUCUUUCCUUAAUGGAGCUACUCUCUAUAAUCUAUGUCGACUAUAGUGUGACAUCCCCGAUAGAGUUCACUGAGCCGAAAGACAGUAUCUUCGCAUUGCUGAGUUUGGCAAAAGAUGCCUCUCAUUUCCGGGACGUGCUUCAAUAUACCAUGAGCCUGAAUGAGAUAUUCCGUGAAACAGCUCGCGUCAUCAUACGGAAUGGCCAAAUUGACCUCCUCUCAUACUGCUGGACACCCAGUGAGAGGAGAAGAGAGCGAGAGACCCCUGACCGUCUAGGUCCUAGCUGGGUUCCUGACUGGGCCUCUUAUGUUCGACGACCAGUUUGCGGAUUGCCUCCGAAGACAGCGUUUGCAUCAUCUGGCAGUGGGCCUUUCCCAAGUAUGCCUGUCCCAGAGAAUCGAACACCCCAACAUUUAGCAUUGCAAGGGAUGCUAGUUGACAAAAUUGAGACUGUUGGGGAACCUCUCCACUCGGAUCACUAUGCUAAUACGUAUUGGGAUUACAUCAAUGCACGGCGGAUGCUUCAUUAUUUAGUUGAGAUUUUGCAGUUCUCUCGACAGUCUAAUGAGAAGAAUAGUGAAUCUGACCAUGAUAUCUACAUGACGCAGUCAGAUCGCUCGUCAGUUCCCUACCUGACUCCGGUGGCUGACAGGCUGAUCUCUGAACAAGGAGAUCGCUUCGGACGCGAUAAAGCCCGUGAAUGUUUGGAAAAAGGAUUUGUGGAAAUUUUGGCUUACUUGGACGAGCAUGUGCGGAGCGAAGGGAAAUUGAGAGAUGGCCAGGUAUUGAGUGAGGAGCUAAUAACGUACUUUCAAUCCAUGGUGGACGCCAACGAAACUUCUCCUUUACUCUCUGUACAGGGUUAUGUCGGGAUCUCAGAGGGUUGUGAGCCUGGUGAUCAAAUAUAUUUGUUUGCUGGUGCCAAGUUUCCCUAUAUUCUACGAGAAGUGAAGGACGUACAGGGAGCAGAGGACAAGAAGGUGUUUCAAUUAGUUGGGCCGGCGUAUGUCCAUGGCAUUAUGUAUGGAGAAUUCUUGCUGGGAGACAGAGCGAGGGCAUGGAAGGAGGUGACUUUGGCAUGA